UGAAAAUCUUCCUUUUCUUUCUCAUGUCGAUUCCAAAAUAAUUUUGUUUGUAUCGACUAAAAAAUGAAGGUAAUUAUUUGGCUUUGAAAAAUCCAUUUCACUUUAUUAUCGGAAAAAAUCGUUAGUUCAAGAUCUGUAUUUUAAUAAUAUAGUGAAACACUGUUUCGAUGGGUCACGAAAGGGAGAGAUUUACAUGGAUUAUGAUUCGUAGUGCAGUUACGAUGAGAGCCAUAGCUAUAUCAGAUUGAUAAAUUUUGAAGCGUAAUUACAUUCUCACGACGUGUGUGAAAUAUUUAUGGCUUGCCAGGGUCGGCUCAGCCAUAAAGCACUUGCACAACAGCUCCUAAGGUUUAGUCAUAAUGAAAUUUAUAUAAAAAUGAUAGUUUAAAUAGUACGUUAUGGUACAAGUUAACAAGCUCAGUACAUAAUCUAACUGUGCCUACAUGCCAUACACACAUGUACCACCACUUAGGAGCUGUUGAAGCCUCAUGUCUUAUCCCAGGUUCAGGGAUUGUUCUGACUCCACCUUCUAGAGAUUGUCAACAAUUAGAUUCUGUCCCGGAUUGGGGCCUUGUUCUGUGCAACAGGUCCAGGACAAGAUCUAUUUGACAUCACUCGCUUAGGCUAUGUUUACAUUGUAUGGAAUCACUUUGCGUCCGACGCAAAAACCAUACCGGAUAGGGCUUCUGUUUACAUAUGAAAUGUUGUUAUCGUCUCAAUUUUUGCAACGAACCAGUGGUGCGGCGGUUUGCUCUUCGAUGUGGUGCACGGUGUAUCGGAUCGGUUUUUGCAACCCUCUUAUUGUAAUGUAAACACCAAUCGGAGCAAUUUCGAUUCAAUGCGUGACUCAAGAUGGAAUCUGGCAAAAAACAACUUACUAUUAUAAUAUAUAUAGAAGAAAAUACGACGGCAUAGAUGGGCGGGGACGGAAGCUGUUUACACUUGGGCCGUAACCUUUCCGCGAACGAAACAAAAACUGAUCCGAUACAAUGUAAACAUAGCCUUAUUCUUCACUUCCUGGUUUCACAAAACAAGUGUGCAAUUGUAAGAUGAAGUUCAAUUUAAUCCUGUGGUUAUAGGACCGCCAGGAGACCUUGUUCUAAUGGUUUAUAUCUAGAUCCGACAUUUAUUGAAAUCGACUUGCUUCCUUGGUGUCUGGUAGUUAAAAUUAAAAUUUGGGAUUGCCUUCCUUCAUGCAAAAGUAAAACCUACUCACAGAAGCAUCAGUCCAUUAUUACAGAGACAUCGAAAAAAAAAUUUAAUCGCUGAAAAUUUUGUAAGGAAAAAGUGAAAAGAUUGUGCAUUGACCAAGGAUCGAACCUGGGAGUCUUUGUUGCUGUGUCACUGUUUUACCGUUAAACUACAAGCGACUUCUUGUAAACAGGUCCAACAAAAUUCCGCUUUACAUUUCAUAUAAUAGUAUAAAUGAAUAUGGACGAAUUUGAUGCAAAUAGGCCGCUAUGUUUAUUUUGGGUAUUGAACGGGUAUUUUUGUCAUUUUUAGAGAACAAACAGUUAUAUAGUUAUACAUGUUUGAAAGUGGAUGGUUAUUUUAUAGUCUAGCCCACUUGUGAUAGGUCAUGUCAGACCUAUAACCAUAACACAAGAAGAUCCAGUGUUAGAUUUCUAACCAUGGUGUUUAUUCAAUCAUCGAUGCCAGACGCCCCUUGUCUUGUUUUGAUAUAGUGAUUCUGGAGUAAAACUAGCGCAUAGAUUUAGAUCUGUCUCUAAGGUCUGUCUUUAUAUUUCAGCUGAAUAUUUCAUAUCCAGCGACAGGAGCACAAAAAGUGGUAGAAGUUGAUGAUGAAAAAAAACUGUAAGAAUUAAAGAAUAUCUAAUUGUAUUUCUUAUAAGUAAUAAAACACAAUAUAAUUAGAAAAGCUGCCUAGAUUUUGUCAUUAGUCAUAUAUUUAAAAUAGACAGCUGUGGAUUUGACAAAUACAAGUAGAACUUCAAUGCUUCGAAUGAAGACCUUUCACCAGAAGGUAGUCCGACAAAUGGCCUUCACUCAAAAAUAUGUUGAAAUUCUACUUGUAUUUCUUAGGUAGAUAUAUCUUCUUCAAUCCACGCUGUCUUAUCUUAGCUGCCUAUAUUGGCACAGACCAUUUGAGAUUAUAUCUAAAAUAGAAUCCUUGUCUACCUUCUAAUAUGAAGUGUUUCUUUCCAGACGCACCUUCUACGACAAGCGAAUGGCUCAGGAGGUAGAUGCCGAAUGCUUGGGUGACGAAUGGAAGGUAUUAAACAUCCUUUACCAGUUCAUGUGUGGAGCUAAAUUAAAACCCAGUUUCUAUUUUGUUCUCGCUGGCACAGCCAUGUCAAGUCGACUGAUGUAAUCAGAGCACAAAUUAGCGGCUCACACUUCGCGAAGUAUUUCUCAGGUUUUGCAUGAAGUAAAUUUCAUAUGAAAACAGAAAAUGUGAAGCAAGUUUUGAAAAUUCUAUCACAUGUCUUUCUGUUGUACAAUUGCAAACUGAACAAAUUAAACUACGAUUUUGUUUUGUAAUUGUUCCUGUAUUUUUGAACUGAAAUACAAGAUAGAUAUUAUCAACCAUGGCAGACAUGACCAGAGUGUUUUAGCAACCAAUUUUCCUUGUAAUAAAGCCCUAAGAUGUGAAUGUUCCUCUUUCUAUAGGGCUAUGUUGUCCGUAUAAGCGGUGGAAACGACAAACAGGGCUUCCCAAUGAAGCAAGGUGUUAUGACGAAUGGCAGAGUCCGACUUCUCUUAGCCAAAGGUCACUCCUGCUAUCGCCCGAGAAGAACUGGCGAACGGAAACGAAGGUCCGUCCGCGGCUGCAUUGUUGAUGCCCAAUUGAGCGUGCUCAAUUUGGUCAUUGUGAAGAAAGGUGAGCAAGAGAUCCCGGGUCUUACCGACCGAGUUGUGCCGAGACGGCUGGGGCCCAAGCGUGCCAACAAAAUCAGAAAGUUGUUCAACCUCAGCAAAGAAGACGAUGUGAGACAGUUCGUCAUCCGACGUCCACUUCCGGUGAAAGAAGGCCAGAAGCCGAAGACAAAGGCACCCAAGAUUCAGAGGUUGGUCACGCCACAAAGGUUGCAGCGUCGUAGACGCCACAUGGCUGAGAAAAAGAACCGGGUGCAGAAAAAUCGGGAGGACCAGGCCGAAUAUCACAAGCUGUUGGCUAAACGUGCCAAGGAAACGAAGGAGAAACGACAGGAGAUGUUGGCAAAGAGACGUCGGCAAUCAAGUGUGAGAGAAUCCAAGAGUGAGAAAUAGAAAAUCUGUAGGAUCAUGUUGAUGUGAAUAAAAUGCAGAUAUUCAAA